AUGGACGGUGUUAGACAUAGGAUCCUUUACAACAUUACCAUUACAUCCCAUACGGCCCCGGAAGACGCUCCGUCCUCGAAGCUUGAAAGAAAUGAAUGAGAAUACUAACUAGGGAACUACUCGGACUCGGGUACGCGUUUCGAGUUGAAACUUUGGUGGCUUAUAGACCCGGGUAAGAGUACUCGGAAACAAGAGAGAUUAUCUGCUAAACCCCAUAGGCUUCUGAAAAGAAGCUUUUUGAAAAUGAACCGUUUAGGCUUGGAAAUUAUCAAAUUUUUGCUUUCCUCCUUCUUUUGGCGGGAAAAAGUUUUUUAGAGUUUAUCAUAGCCGGAUCAUUCAAGGCGAUUGUAUUAAAAUAUAAAAUGAGGUAAAAAACAAUAUUCUGAAAAUUUUCAGGCCUAAUUUUCACAUUUUCUACUAAUUUUUUCUCAGUUCUCUACUGGUUUUAGCAGAUAUCCUCACUUGUUUUCAAGUGUUCUCACUUAGGUCUAUAAACCCCUAAAGUUUGAACUCGAAGCGCGUACCCGAGUCCGAGUAGUUCCCUAGUUAGAGAAUUCAAAGAAUAGGAUGAAAUAAUUUUAAAGAAAAUAAUGAUGUGGACACUACGUGUGAAAUAGUCAUUGUGUCGCAAGGAGCUCUUCAGAGCGCCAGGUGAGAUUGUUUGGUGGGAUUGAUGGUGAAUUUCGGAGACUGAUUCAGCGGUGAUGCGGGUGCGGUCGCGUCUCUGUCCUGGCCGAGGGGGUGGUAACGGAUGGUGUGUGUUACGAGAUGACCGUCCGCGAUGCGAGUGCUACGGCGGACAUGGGGGUCCAGACUGCUUGCUGUCGGAGAGUGAAGAGAUGACGACGACGAUGGAGGCGUUGGAAUGGUUGCCCACGACGAACACAUUGACUGCGGCGGUUACAUGGCUCUGGUGGCGAUGUUCGUAUUCGCGACUUCCGAACGUGGGACGAGAGUGGUACGAUCCGGAUCGGACCACUCGUGCUCCGACAGCUCCAGCGAUUCUGGAGUUGUGA